AUGUUCGGAUGCAAAGAGAAAGCCAGAAGAGCGUGUUCAAACAGUUCUUGCCAUCGAGGCGACGUUCAGCGGGCGCAGCAGGGCCAGUGCCACGAAUUGUCCGAUCGAGGCCACAUCUCGGAACUCACAGGGCAGGAUGGCCUGCCAGAAGCGCCGACCAUGGAUGGGGCAGAUGGACUUGCUAAAAAGUCCCGCGCGGUGGGCCUCUGCGGUUUGCCCCGGGGUAGUGAGGUGUACAGCAGACAGCACGUGGCCACGCGGAACCUGCUCCUGUCGGGGCCGGCGGAGGGGGCGGGGACGAGCGGUGCGCAGGCAGGAUGA